GUUUGUACAAAAUUCAAUAUACAACGAAUCAAACUCCAACUCACUAAACGACAGUUUCUCAAAAACAAAAAGAACUCCCAAUUCUCAAUUCCCAAUUCUCUCUCUUUUAUUAUAAGUAUCAACCCAUAACUCAAUCCCCCUUCAUCCUUCUCUUCUUCCCCUUCUUCCUUCCCCUAAAAGAAUGUACACGGCAGUCCUCGUGGUGGUCAUCGCGGUGCUCUUCUGGAUUUUCAAGAAUGCAAACCACUGGCUCUACGAAACCGCUCUCUUGGGUUCGAAACGGUUCGCCCUACCGCCCGGCGACCUCGGCUGGCCCUUCAUUGGCAAUAUGUGGUCUUUUCUAAGAGCUUUCAAGUCUCCUUAUCCUGAUUCUUUCAUGGACUCCAUCAUUUCCAGGUAUGGAAAUACAGGAGUGUACAAAGCCUUCAUGUUUGGGAGUGCAAGUGUGAUUGUAACUUCACCAGAAACAUGUAAAAGAGUUUUGAAUGAUGAUGAAGCUUUUGGCCCAGGAUGGCCUCUUUCCACCCUGAAACUCAUAGGAGAAAACUCUUUCGUUGGCAUUUCUUACCAAGAACACAAGCGGCUCCGCCGUAUAACCGCUGCUCCUGUCAACGGUUAUGAGGCUUUGUCCACCUACCUCACUUACAUAGAAAAGAUUGUGGUUUCUUCCUUGGAGAAGUGGGCUUAUAUGGGAGAAAUAGAGUUCUUAACAGAGCUUAGACAGCUUACCUUUAAGGUCAUUAUGUAUAUAUUUCUUAGCUCUGAAAGUGAGGCAAUAACGGAGGCUUUGGAGAGAGAGUAUACGAUGCUUAAUCUUGGAGUCAGAGCUAUGGCCAUCAACAUUCCUGGUUUUGCUUACCAUAAAGCACUCAAGGCACGAAAAAACCUGGAGGCAACAUUUGGAUCCAUUGUGAGAGAGAGAAGGAUGGAAAGAGAGAGGAAGGAGAAUUCAGAAGGAAAGAGAAGAGAUAUGAUGGAUGCUUUGCUAGAAGCUGAAGAUGAAGAUGGAAGAAGGCUAAGUGAUGAAGAAAUAAUUGAUGUUUUGUUAAUGUAUUUGAAUGCAGGCCAUGAAUCUUCAGGUCAUACCAUGAUGUGGGCUGCCAUUUUCUUACAUCAACAUCCCCAAUUUCUUCAAAAGGCCAAGGCCGAGCAAGAAGAGAUAGUAAGGAAACGACCUCUGGGGCAGAAGGGUUUAACUCUCAAGGAAGUCCGAUCACAAAUGCCCUAUCUUACAAAGGUGAUCGAUGAAACACUACGAGUGGUAACAUUCUCACUCACUGUCUUUCGAGAGGCAAAGCAUGAUGUUAAAAUUAGUGGCUACACCAUUCCAAAAGGUUGGAAAGUUCUAGUUUGGUUUAGAAGUGUUCAUUUCGAUCCCGAAACUUAUCCGAACCCGAAAGAAUUCAACCCUUCAAGAUGGGAUGAUUUCACACCAAAAGCAGGAAGCUUUCUCCCAUUUGGAGCAGGAAGUAGGUUGUGUCCAGGAAACGAUCUUGCAAAACUUGAAGUCGCCAUCUUUCUCCACCAUUUUCUCCUCAAUUAUAAGUUGGAAAGGGUUAAUCCAGAAAGUCCAGUGAGGUAUCUACCACAUACAAGGCCUAAAGAUAACUGUUUGGCAAGGAUCAAGAGAGUUGCUUGAAGGAAUUGGGAUGAAAUGAAAAAAAAUGUUGAUGAAAUAUAGUUGAGAUUAUUUUUGGGUCAACUAAUAUUGUUUGUGUUUUUAAUUCUCUGUUGUUAAUAGUAUAUAUCUAUGUAAGAAUAUAGUAUAUGAAACUUAUUAUAUAUAUAUAAUAGUAAAGGCUCUUUAUUGAUUACUUAUCAA